AUGGACGCCUCGGCAAACACUGGCAACUUCGCCGAUUUCCGCGAUUUCGCCGCGCUGAAACAGCUGCGCGCGCUGAACGCCACGCUCGACCGCGGUCGGCCUGUGACGAGGCCGCGCGCAUGUGCUCCCCAAUAUGUGCUACGUGAGAUCGAGGAAGCGAAGCUUUGGCACAGACAGCGGGCCAAGGUAGCGACGACGGCAGAGCCAUUCAGGCAUGUAAGGCCCGGCUCGGCACGGCGGCUCGGGAGGUUUGCUCUGAUCAAUUCGAAACAGGUGAAAAAGGCUGGGCUUCCUGUGUCACCGGCACUCCAACCAGCACGAUUUCCUCGUCCAGUUUCGGCACCCGGCGACUUCGACCCGUCCGACAUCAUCGGAUCGGCAGGCAUGUCUGAGAAGACAUUGUGUCGUGACCGAAGUCUGCUUGGUCUGUCUCCAUGA